GCCAGUGACUGUGCCGCACUGUCUAACACAAAUUCGCUCAUUGAGACAAAAGCUCACUCAUUGUGCAAGUCGUUGGAGACAGUAAAAGAAUGUUUCGUUGGCAAUCUAUUAACGAAUUAGUCGAUAAAGCGGAUGUUAGCAUGCUAAGCAUUAGUUUGUUUAGCUUUUGCGUAAUUAUUAUGUUAAUAACUUGCUUGCUAGCUAGCUCAUCAUUUGGAAAACAUUAUACAUGACCAGUUAGCUGUAGUUAGCAAUUUCAUUAUUUGAAUUGUACACAAACGCAUUGACAUUGCUUUAAUAACGAUAGCCACAGACAUUUAUAAAAACUUUAGCCUAACGUUAGCUACAAAAAAGCACGUGUCAUUGCGUGUAAUCCAGAAAACGAGAUGUUCCGUAGCAGUGUGUGUGUGUGUGAUCCUCGUCUGAUUUAGAACUUGCAAAUUGUUCACACAAUUAAUCAAAAUGAAAAGAGGGGGACGGGGGGGUUGUGACCAUGGAAGAGGUGCAGCAGAACAGCAAUGGCACAGAGUCCCAGAUUAUCACUAUCCCAACCACCAUCACAGCCUCUCAGAUAUCACAGAUAGCCCAGCAAAUGUCUCUGGGCGGUUCUCCUGUGACCGUGGUUCAGCUUCCAGGUGGUCAGUUUCAAGUGCAGGGAGUCAUUCAGUCUGCACAGUCCUCAGUCAUUCAGUCUCCUCAGGUGCAGACUGUGCAGGGCCAGGGCUCAGACAGUGAUGACUCACAGGACUCGUCAGACAGUGGAGCUUCUGCCCAGAAGACCAGAGAGAUCUUAGCUCGACGACCAUCCUAUAGGAAAAUCCUAAAUGAAUUGUCUGCUGAGGAAGUGAUGUCACGCAACGAUGGAGAGGAUGAUGUUGCUGCUUCCUCUGGUGUAACAGUCACAGUCCCCACCACUCCCACCAUCUACCAGACGAGCAGCGGCCAAUACAUUACUAUUGCCCCCAAUGGCACUAUCCAGCUGGCCAGCCCUGGGUCAGAGGGCUUCCAGGGCCUGCAGACCCUUACCAUGACCAACUCCGGCUCAGCUCAGCAGGGCACCACCAUCCUUCAGUACGCCCAGACGCCAGACGGACAGCAGAUAUUGGUGCCCAGCAACCAGGUGGUCGUACAAAGUGCAGGAGGAGAGAUGCAGACAUAUCAGAUUCGCACAGCGCCCACAUCCAGUUCCAUUCCUCAGACCGUGGUUAUGACCUCCCCUGCAGGACAGUCUCAUGGCAAGAGUGAUGACCCCUCUAUGAAGAGAGAAAUCCGCCUGGCAAAGAACAGAGAAGCGGCCCGUGAGUGUCGCAGGAAGAAGAAAGAAUACGUCAAGUGUCUGGAAAACCGAGUAGCUGUUCUAGAGAACCAGAACAAAACCCUCAUUGAGGAGCUGAAGACGUUAAAGGACCUUUACUGUGUCAAAACAGGAUAACCUGGCCACACAUUCAAAUGAAUAGGACUAAUACAAAUAGGUCUUGGAAAUGGCUACAGCGCUACUCACCUGGACAACAGGGUUAACCGGGAACACCUUACACUUUGCAUUAGAUAUCCUUGUCUUCAGUUUUUGUGUUUUAUACAAUAUUUUGUUUUAACAAAUGUCGAGUGAGCGUUGGCAAUGGGAAGCGCCCAUUCUAAAAGACAAUGAUAGUGUGAAAGAAGCCUUUUUUCCUCAUCUUUUUAUUGAGCUACUGGAAGAAUGACUAACGCUUAACUGUUUAUAUUUGUGAAUAUUGUGUGAGCGUGCACGAGGCUUGAUAUGUAAUCACUGACAUUCAAUUUUGUUCCUUUAGUUUUCUAUCAGCUUCUGAUUGUCCCAUCAAGUUUUAUGGUAGAAACCUGCUGAUUCCCACUGCAACAUGUAAUGGAGAUUUUUGACUGUGUUAAAACUAUGAUGUGAUUCAAGUUCAUUUUAUGUGAUCCCUAAACGUCCACACCCUAGUCCCCAUGAGAUAAAAUGUUACAGUUACCAUUCCUUAUUAGUGCAAAGGGAUAUUAGAAAACAUUGUGUACAGCUAACUUGGCUGUUACUUGGACAAUCUAUCAGGGAGAGAGUGCACAAUGUCAGGGUCAUAUUUAUUUUCUAUAUCUUAAGGCGGCAGGCUGGGGGGGGGGGGGGGGCACACAUUCUCAAAACAAACAAGGGAAUACAAAAGCAAUCGCUCAUUCUGUAAGUAAUAUGAAAUAAAUAUUUUUUCAUUCUUUACAUAUUGAGCCUAAUAGAUUACUCACUGUACAGUGACACUUUGUAAUAAACCUUUUAACCCUA